AAAGGAAAGGAAGGCUGGCGGAUGAGAAGCCUCCCCCGCCGCUGCUGGGUCACAAGCCGAGGAACGCCACCCCCAAAGGCUUCCUCGGUCUUCCGGAGAAAUAGGAUAGCCGGGGAUCCCGGGUGGGGUGAGAGUGGGGUUGUUGGUACUACAGAGGCGUUGGGAUGGGACUAUGGGUGCGGCAGGAUUUGCGCCGUUGAGCGCUUAGUCAAAGAGCGCUCUACUUCGAGAAGAUCUCGGUCUGGAAGCUCCGCGAUGCAGCCCAAACUGAACCGAACUGAAUACUUUCUCGGCCAAGUGUGGUUGCCGAUGCCUUCGGUCCUAAGUUUCUAAAGAGGCCCCGAGGCGCUCCCCCCCCCACACUUCUCGGCUGUUUGGCGAAAGAGGCGCCCCACCUCUAUCCCUCCUCCCUCCCUCCCUCCGGCUUUUAUUUCGCCCCCCGCGUCUUUCAGGCGCAACUCUUCGCUUUUUUGUCUUUCUUUCUUUUCCCCAGCGGCGAAGGAAGCCAGGCGUUGACAUGAGCGCCAAACUGCGCUCGGGUUUCUACCUGGGAAAGAAAUCGGCGCUGCUGCUGGCCCUGCUCCCGGCCGCCUUGCUGGUGGCGCUCCUAGUGUUGGCGAUCCUCUACGGGCGUUGCGCGCGGGGACCGAAAGAAUUCGAGCAGCCGAGCCCAGCCGUUCCGACGACGCCCUGGGCCAACGCCAGCGCGGAGCCCACGGCCCGGCCCCCAGGACCCUGGGACCAGCAGCGCUUGCCCCGGCACGUCACGCCGAUUCACUACUCGCUCCUGCUCUGGCCUCACCUGGCGCCCGGCCUCCCCAAGCCCCGCACGCACUCGGGACAGGUGAACAUCACGGUGCGGUGCCACGAAGCCACCUCCGCGGUGCUCCUGCACAGCGCCGAGCUGACUUACCGGAGCGCUUCAGUGUGGGGUCCGCUGGAAGAGGCGGCCGCCAACUCCACCCGCAGCAUCCCGCUGGGGGAGGUGUGGACGGCCCCUGGGAACCAGUACCUGGUGCUCGAACUGCUGGAGACCCUGAGAGCGGGCAGCCUCUACGAGCUGCGGUUUGCCUUUCAGGGGAAGAUUCAGCCGGAGCCGGAAUACUUCGGGCUCUUCCUGAACACCUACAAGGACGAAGGCGAGAAGAGGUGGAUGAUUGUUUCACAGCUACAACCAACAGCUGCAAGGCAUGUUUACCCAUGUUUUGAUGAACCUGCAAUGAAAGCUACUUUUAAUAUCAGCAUUGUUCACCAUCCCAGCUAUGUUGCACUUUCCAAUAUGCUAGCUUUAGAUGUAUCUGAGUACAAAGAUGUCAAUGACAGUGCACUGAGUGCUUUGAUGAAUGAAACAACACCAAUUAACUGGACUAUCACAACAUUUGAAACAACCCUGAAAAUGUCUACGUAUAUCACUGCUUUUGUAGUCUGUAACGAAAGAGGCAAUCAGAUACGUAUUUGGGCUCGGAAGGAUGCAGUUAAAAAAGGAUUUACUAAUUAUGCUUUAAAUAUCAUAGGGCCAAUAUUUUCAUACCUGGAAGACUUACUAAACAUCAGUUAUCCUCUUUCAAAAACAGAUCUCGUUGCAGUACCCCUUAUGGAACAGGGUGCAAUGGAAAACUGGGGACUAAUGACUUUCCAUGAAACAUCCUUACUGAAUGAUCCAGAGGAUAAAUAUAUAGCAAAUAAAAUGCAGAUUUGCCGAGUUGUUGCUCAUGAGGUAGCACACCAGUGGUUUGGAAACCUAGUUACCAUGGAUUGGUGGAACGACUUAUGGCUUAAUGAGGGAUUUGCAACUUACUUUGAAUAUAUAGGUCUACACUACAUUGAACAUAUCAUGCCACUGGAUAAACUUUUUAGCAAGCAGCUUACACUACCUGUGUUGGCUAAAGAUAUUCAAGUAUUUAAUCAAUCUCUAUCAGAUUCAGAAACCCAUCAAACAGAUUCAUUAUUAGAAGUGUUCAAUGAAGUCCCUUACUAUAAGGGGGCUGUUAUCAUCCGGAUGCUUUCCAACUUUAUGACUGAAGGAUUAUUUAUCAAAGCACUGAAUUCAUAUCUGAGUGCAUUUUCCUUUUCCAAUGCCGUCCAAGAUGAUCUGUGGACUCACCUUCAAAAGGUGAUAGAUGAGCAAAAUGACUUCCAGUUGCCAACAUCAGUAAAAAUAAUAAUGGAUUCUUGGACCUGCCAGAAAGGCUAUCCACUCCUGACAGUAGAUUUCUCAACUGGCAAUAUUAGCCAGGAACCAUCUUUUGCUGAAAAAGGAGAACACAACUCGGACACAUGGAUUAUUCCUAUUUCUUGGAUAAGAAAUGGAACAUUACAACCUUUAGUAUGGCUUGAUAAACGUAGUAAAAUAUUUCCUGAAAUGAAAAUAUCAGAUUCAGUACAAGAUUGGAUUGUUUUAAAUGUGAAUAUGAGUGGUUAUUAUAGAAUCAACUAUGAUCAAAACCACUGGAGAAGAUUAGCCAAAGUGCUGGAAGAUGAUCCAAAGGCUAUUCCUUCUACCAGCAGAUUACAAUUAAUGGCAGAUGCCUCUCAUUUGGCUUGGUCCAAUUUCACUGGAUAUGAAACUCCACUGUAUUUAACUAAAUACCUUGAAAAAGAAGAUGAUUCAAUAGUGUGGGCAAUGGCAUUGCAUACACUGGGCUUUUCCGAGUGGGAUUUUCUUCUGAGAGAUCCUGAAUUAUUUCCAAUUUUAAAGCGAUAUUUAUUACCACGAAUAACACCAAUAUUUCAUCACUAUGCAAAUCUUCUUCGUGAGAGCCCUGAAGCAUUGGAUAAGAACCCAUUCACUAAACAUGAUGUAGAGGAAAUUCUUGGAGCGGCAUGCUGGUUUGGGCUUCGCGACUGUUUAGACCUAGCUUCUGAAUUCCUCAACAUGUGGAUGAACAAUUCCAAACAUGAGAUUCCUGUUUGUUUUAGCUCAACUAUUUGUUGCUAUGGUGUUUGGCUGGGGAAUGAGGAAGAAUGGGAAUUUUUAUGGAAAAUUUUUAAAAAGAAUGAGACCAAAGAUGCAUACAAAGCCAAUAUAUUCUUUGCCUUGAGUUGCACUCGCAUUCCAUGGUUACUUCAAAGAUACUUGAAUUAUAUUCACAAUGAUGUCACGAAUCCACCAAUUAUUACAGCCAGAGCAGUUUACCAUGUGGUCAAGAAUGAGAUUGGAUAUUGGACAGCAUGGACAUUUGUAUCAGAAAAUUGGUCAGAUUUGUCCAUUAGGUUUACACUGCAGGCUCUUAUGAUCACUACUGACAUUCAAAUGCAAAUGAUACAAGUUUUUGUUAAUAAUACCCUUGAACCUGAAGAAAAGAUAAUGGCUACAGACAUAAUGCUGACAGAAAAAUCUAAAAAUGAAAAAAGAAAAAAAUCAAUAACUAAAAUGAUCAUGUGGUUAAAGGAAAAUAUGGACAAUUGACAGCUGAGACUUUUUAAAAAAAGUAUCUUCAUAGCAAUUAAAAUUUCCCAGUUUAGAAAGAUGUUAUUUUGGAUAUACAAUUGUUUUUCUGUGCGAGCAAUAAAAUACAUUCAAUGCAAAGCUAACUACUGGUAUUAAAUGAAUUGUUUUCUCCCAGGACAAUGUCUACAAAACCGUUUGCAUAUUUUGUGAAAUUCUUCCUCUGUAAAAAUGCACUUCCAAAUGCUAUGUAAAAGGAGCUUCAAGGAAUAUUAUAUAUUAAGAAAAUUGAACAAAGGAAACUUUUAUGUUUGAAAUGAACUGAAAACUAGAAGACUGUUCUCCGAUGUGCCUUGGAAAUGGGACUCAAAUAUUUUCAGAACUAUAGCAUUUUUAUUUUUUAAGUGAAAAUGAUGACAAUAAAAAUAUAAGAAUUUCAUUAAAAGACUA